AUGCCUUACGGUCAAGAAACAUACGAACAGUCUUUUCCUUCUCCAUUCGUGUUCAUCCCGCGCGAACCAGUCACUCUGGUCGAGCUCCGCAUGCGACGGUUCGCCGGGCUCAUUCGCGCGAAACCCGAAUGGUGGAAGAAGGUUCAGGACGCCGCGCUCGUCGUCAAAUGGAGGGCCGAAAUGAAGCAGUGGCCGCGCGACCCUAUCACAGACGCCCAGCUGGACUACAUCUUUGACCAGCUCAAAUAUGAAGCGAGGCUCGAUACCACCGCGCAAGGAAUCUUCGCAACUAUGGUCCCAUACGUCUACGAGUCUCGGAGCCUAAUUCCUGCUGAGGCCAAAUCGGCCCUCCUGUCCCUCGUCUCUGUUCUUGAGGACGUCCCGAAGUCCAAGCAGGACUGGCACCCCGGCUCGGACAAGCAGGUCCUGGAUCUCGUGCAUCCUUCGCUCUACCCUCUCCGGAUCGGUCACUCGUAUGUUCGCGAGAAGAGCGCUAGUACGGGGGAGAUACUGGGUGUGCAUCACUACCAGUGGCUUCCGACGGACUUUGAGCUCUCCGAGACAGGGGUUGCCACCGCUCUGGGCUACAUCAACAACCUUCAUCCAGGUCAGCACCGCGCUGGCUACGCUGCCCUCUCCUCCAUCCUCUCGCGAUUCGUACCACUCUUUGAAGCCGUACUCUCGGACGUGCUCGCCCCACCUACACCUCUCGUUGUGAGCGUCGACCCUCUCGCAUGGUACGAUCACUUGGACGAAGAAGAUGAAGAUGGCGAGGAAUCCGCGGACGAUGAUGAGGACGACGACCACGAUCUCAAUAAGAAGUACUGGCCGUUAAUCCCCGACCCUCCGCGUUUCUCCCCACCGAGCUCUGACGAUCGAGUGCACUUCAAGCUCUGUGGACGGACAGUCCAGGUCAUCGUCAAGCUCGCCAACAUCGUCCUCACUCCGAAGAAGCCGAAGUACUCGGGCGGGUCGUGGCACGUCGAGGGCAUGGCGAACGAGAAGAUCGUCGCGACGGGCAUCUACUACUACGCAUGCGACAACAUCACCCAGUCUCAGCUCGGUUUCCGUACGGUGGUCGGCAACGGUCACGAGCCGGAGGACCGCGAUCAGCUUCCCUAUGAGCAAGACGACGCCACAGGGUACUACACCGCCUACGGUUUCGGUGGAGGCGAUCCCCUCAACCAGAGGCUCGGGCAUAUCGUCGCGGAGGAGGGCAAAUGCAUCGCGUUUCCCAACCUCUACCAGCACCGCGUGGACCCUUUCGAACUGGCUGACCGGAAGAAGCCCGGGCACCGGAAGAUUUUGUGCUUCUUCCUUGUGGAUCCGCUCACGAGGAUUCAUUCCACGAGCGACAUCCCUCCACAGCAGGAGGAGUGGCUCACUGAUGAAAUGCUGCGUGCUCCUGGGCUUCAAAUUCUUUCGGGGGAGUUGUUCAAGAUGAUCGUCGAUCAUGCGACGGAGGCAACUAUAUCGCGGAAGGAGGCGGAGGAGCAUCGGGAACGCAUCAUGGAUGAACGCCAGAUGUUCGUGAUGUCGCACAACGAAAACGUGUACGAGGUCGAGUUCAACAUGUGCGAGCACUAG